AUGCAGGAGGAAAACAUAUAUUUAGCACAAGAAGCACAAGAAAAGGGUGACUUUGGAUAUGCAGAACGGCUUCUAAUUGAACAAUUAAAAAAAGAUUUUAAUACCAAUGAAAAAGAAAUGAAACAACAUGAAGAAGCACUUAUUAAACUCGGGGAACUGUAUAGAGAUCAAAAACGACUUGACGAAUUAGCGAAACUAAUUCAAGAAAGUCUUCUAUUUUUAAAAAACUUCGCAAAAGCAAAAACAGCAAAAAUUGUACGGAGAUUAAUCGAUUUGUUUUCUUCUGUUCCAGGUUCUCUAAAUCUUCAGAUAGAUGUAACAAAAGAAACGAUUGAUUGGGCGAAAAAGAAUAACAGAAUAUUUCUAAAACUAUCACUCGAAACACACAUUGUUGAACUUUACAUAAAAGCACAGCAAUAUACAAAAGCAUUACAGCUUGUAGAAACCCUUUUGAUUGAGCUUAAACGUCUUGACGAUAAAUUCCAACUUGUAGAAGUAUAUUUACUUGAAUCACAAAUCUAUUAUGCAAUAAAAAACAUUCCAAAAGCAAGAGCGUCUCUCACAUCAGCAAGAACGUGCGCAAACGCAAUUUAUUGCCUUCCACAUAUCCAAACAGGACUGGAUCUCCAGAGCGGAAUACUUCAUGCAGAAGAAAAAGAUUAUAAUACUGCAUAUAGUUAUUUUUACGAAGCAUAUGAAGGCUUUUCUGCAUCUUCUAAUCCUCGUGCUGUCUCAACUAUUAAAUAUUUAUUAUUAUGUAAAAUUAUGCUUAACGCAAGCAGUGAUGUUCAAAGUUUUAUUAACACAAAAGUUUCUCAAAAGCAUGCAGGGAGAGAUCUGGAUGCAAUGAAUGCAGUAGCUCAAGCUCAUCAAAACCGAUCUCUUGCAGACUUCGAAAAAGCACUAAUUGAUUUCAAAGAUGAACUAGAGGAUGAUCCUAUUGUUCAUUCUCACCUCACUGUCUUGUAUGACACGCUUUUAAAACAAAACCUUUCUAAAAUCAUCGAACCUUUCAGUCGUGUUGAAUUAACCCACAUUUCUAAGUUAAUAGGAAUAUGUAUCACUAAAAUAGAAGAAAAACUUAGUCAAAUGAUUCUCGAUAAAGUUUUUCACGGGAUCCUUGACCAAGGUACAGGAUGUUUAAUUAUCUUCGAUGAACCAGCACAAGAUGCAACGUAUAAUGCGGCAUUAGAUACUAUUAAAAAUCUCAAUACAGUGGUUGAUUUGCUUCAAGAAAAGGUUGCUAAGCUAUUAUAA